AUGGCGUCAUCACUUAUUCCUGCAUCCAUGCAGGCCAGAAUCAUGGCAGGUUCGCCCCGAAACCUGUCGGGCGCUGUUGCAAUGCUGAAUCUCGACCUUCUUAAAAACGUGGUUUUCCUCUUCUUCGUUCUUCGAUACACUCGCAAGACCUUCGACUCGCUUCGCGGCUAUGGUAUUAUUGGAAGUAUCAAAAGGGUCUAUGCUGCUAUCAAAUUAUGGGCCUUCUAUCUCUUUUUGCGCGCUCCCGGCGUUCGCGGCCAGGUGGACAAACAGGUCACAACUGCCCUCACUAAGCUCGAGGAGAAAAUGGUUCGAAAGGGUCCUGGAAUUACAAGCUACCUCGCUCUGCCAAAAGAGGGUUGGACAUCUGAGCAAAUUCGUACUGAACUUGCGCAACUGGUCGGUAUGGAGCAUGCCAAAUGGGAGGAAGGACGCGUUAGUGGUGCCGUUUACCACGGAGGUGAAGAUCUUUCGAAGCUUCAAACUGAGGCUAUCGGAACAUUCAGUGUCUCUAAUCCUCUUCAUCCUGACGUCUUCCCUGGAGUUAGAAAAAUGGAGGCCGAAGUUGUUGCCAUGGUCCUCUCGCUAUUUCAUGGUCCAUCAGAUGGAGCUGGUGUCACAACUAGUGGCGGCACAGAAUCCAUUCUAAUGGCUUGCUUGGCAGCCAGACAAAAAGCUUAUGCUGAACGGGGCGUAACAGAGCCAGAAAUGGUUGUUCCCGAAACUGUGCAUGCAGCUUUUUUCAAAGCUGGUAGCUACUUUGGCAUCAAAGUCCAUCGUGUGCCUUGCCCAGCCCCUGAAUAUAAAGUUCAUAUCCCCUCGGUUCGUCGAUUGAUCAAUCGCAACACAGUGCUCAUUGCCGGUUCGGCUCCCAAUUUUCCACAUGGCAUUGUGGACAAUAUUCCAGCUCUUUCACGACUCGCUGUUUCAUAUAAGAUACCUCUCCACGUUGACUGCUGUCUCGGUUCCUUCAUCAUUGCCUUCCUCAAAAAGGCGGGCUUCCCAUCACCUUAUGAAGAGGAGGGUGGAUUUGAUUUCCGUCAACCAGGUGUGACUAGUAUCAGUGUUGACACCCACAAAUAUGGGUUCGCCCCCAAAGGAAAUUCCGUUCUAAUAUAUCGCAACCGGUCGUACCGGAAUCAUCAAUAUUUUAUCUUCCCUGACUGGAUAGGAGGAGUAUAUGCGUCUCCGUCAAUCGCCGGGUCCCGUUCUGGUGCCUUGAUUGCGGGCUGCUGGGUGAGCUUGAUGACUAUUGGAGAAGCAGGCUAUAUUGCCAGUUGCCAUCAAAUCAUGGGUGCGGCCAAGCAAUUCGAAACUGCAAUUCGAGAAGACCCAAUUUUGUCGGCCAACAUCGAAGUCAUAGGAAACCCUGAAGUCAGCGUGGUUGCGUUUGCAAGCAAGAACAUUGGAAUUGAUACUUAUGAUAUUGCCGACGCCAUGUCAGAAAAGGGAUGGCACCUUAACGCACUUCAAGAUCCUCCCGCCAUUCACGUGGCAUUCACCAGACCGACAGCUCUGGCUGUGGAAAAGUUGCAACUCGAGUUGACUGAAGUGAUAACUGCAGAGCUCGAGAAAGCUGAGGAAAGGAAAAGGCAAGGAAAAUCAUUCGCUAGGCAGCGAGGUAAUACUUCGGCCUUGUAUGGUGUGGCAGGUAGCCUUCCAGACAAGAGUAUUGUAAACCGUUUGGCUGAGGGGUUUCUUGAUGCACUGUACAAAGCAUAA